AUGCCUGCUGCCUCAACCAAAGUAUUUAUUCUCGGAGCUACCGGGUACAUCGGGGGAGCAAUAGUCACAGAAUUGCUCAGAACUUCUGCUGGUUUCACAAUCACCGCACUCGUGCGUAAGGAUGCAGACAUCGAGGUGCUAGAUAGACUUGGCAUCAAGACUAUCAAAGGAUCCUUUUCGGACCUAGACAAAAUUGAGCAAGCAUCACGCGACGCAGAUAUCGUGUACAAUGCGGCGGAUGCAGACGACAUGAAAUUGACUCUGGCGGUGAUCAAAGGGCUCAACUCAAAGAAAGAUCGCGGAAUUUUGAUCCAGACAAGCGGCACAGGUCUACUUAGCACCAACUACAAUGGAGAGCUCACACCCGAUGAUUCUAAAAUCUGGAAUGGUUACUGGGUUUUUACCUGUGAAUUCUUAGACGACAUUGAGAAUAUCUCACCAACACAACCCCACCGUGAUGUUGACUUGGAGAUAUUCGGAGCUCAUGAAAGAGAAGAAAUAGACGCAUACAUCAUUGCGCCCUCAUGCAUAUACGGCACCGGAGAUGGUCCAAUCAACAAGAUCUCCCAACAAGUUCCGAGGCUGAUUCGUGCUGCUAUUGAUUUUAAGCAGCCCGUCUACGUCGGGAAGGGCACUAAUUUGUGGAAUAAUGUCCAUAUCAGCGACCUUAUAAAGCUCUACUCUCUUGUUCUUAAUCUCGCACUUUCUGUGCGUGCUGGCGAGGCACCUCGGCCGGAGGCAUACGCGAAUUUUUACUUUGGUAGUGUAGGAGAGCAUGCAUGGGGAGAUAUUGCUAGGAAGAUCGGGCCUAUCCUAUUGAAAAAGGGCAAGGUCGAAAAAGCUGAGGCUCGCAGCAUCAAGGCUGAUGAGGUCAAGAACUUUGCAGCUCUUACAACUAACUCACGUAGCACGGCGGAGAGGUCUCGAAAGCUUGGGUGGACUACGGUCGCCAAGAGCCUUGAAGAUACCUUGGAGGAGGAUGUAGAUGCGGUACUCGCUACCUUGAAUUAA